AGUUUCACACUUUGUUCAAAAACGCGGCUUCACUUUUAGGUUUACUUCACCGCUCAGCGACAAAAGUCCCUUUGAUUUUGAAAAGAAGAGAGCCUCCUCAUCCUGCUCCCCCAUUAUUCUCUGCUUCUGCCCAUCACUAUCUCUCUCUCUCUUUCUCAGAUUGACGUCAGUGUGCUCUAUACUCGAAUCAUAACGAUUUGUGAAGUUGUUAAGCGUAAGGGUCUCUGGGACAGAGCACAUAUCUCACUCUCAGUUGCAGCAAGUUAACAAAGUCAGGAAACUCCCAGAAAAAUAGGAAGGCACAUAUACAGUUCUGAUGAUGGUGAAUCCGUUAACCCUUUUCGUCGGAUUGGCAAUCCUAAUAAGUCCUCUAAGUGUAACGGUAGUAGAUGGGCUGGGAGUUAACUGGGGAACAAUGGCCACACACAAGCUCCCACCAAAGACAGUGGUUCAGAUGCUCAAGGACAAUAACAUCAACAAGGUUAAGCUUUUCGACGCUGACGAGACCACCAUGGGUGCACUCGCCGGCUCUGGUCUCGAAGUGAUGGUUGCUAUCCCCAAUGAUCAGCUCAACGUCAUGGGAAGCUAUGACCGUGCCAAGGAUUGGGUUCGCAAGAACGUUACUCGUUACAACUUCAGUGGUGGUGUCAAUAUCACGUUUGUAGCAGUAGGGAACGAGCCAUUCCUCAAAUCAUACAACGGAACAUUCAUAAACCUCACGUUCCCCGCGCUCCAGAACAUCCAAAACGCUUUAAACGAAGCAGGACUAGGAAACUCCGUGAAAGCCACGGUCCCUCUAAACGCAGACGUCUACGACUCGCCAGCGAGCGACCCCGUCCCAUCCGCGGGCAGAUUCCGUCCCGACAUCCUCGGUCAGAUGACUCAGAUCGUCGACUUCCUCGGCAAGAACAACGCACCGAUCACGAUCAACAUCUACCCUUUCUUGAGCCUCUACGGUAACGACGACUUCCCUCUCAACUACGCCUUCUUCGACGGUGCUCAACCGAUAGACGACCACGGUGUUAGCUACACGAACGUCUUCGACGCCAACUUCGACACUCUGGUGUCGUCUCUGAAAGCUGUUGGUCAUGGAGAUAUGCCGAUUAUAGUAGGAGAAGUUGGCUGGCCAACAGAGGGUGACAAACACGCUAACACCGGCGAUGCUUAUAGGUUCUACAACGGGUUGUUACCAAGGCUCGGAACAAACAAAGGAACUCCGCUUAGACCGACCUACAUCGAGGUGUACCUGUUCGGGUUACUAGACGAGGACGCUAAAAGCAUAGCGCCAGGAGCGUUCGAGCGCCACUGGGGACUGUUCAGAUUCGACGGGCAACCCAAGUUUCCUCUAGACCUCUCUGGACAAGGGCAGAACAAGCUGCUGGUGGGUGCAAGGAACGUGACGUAUCUACCGAACAAGUGGUGCGAGUUUAAUCCGGACGCGAAAGACCUGACGAAGCUCGCUAAGAACAUUGACUUCGCGUGCACUUUCUCGGAUUGUACCGCGCUUGGUUACGGGUCUUCUUGCAAUGGUCUGGAUGCGAACGGGAAUGCUUCGUAUGCGUUUAACAUGUAUUUUCAGGUGAAGAACCAGGAUGAGAUGGCUUGUGUGUUCCAAGGUUUGGCCAGAGUUACAGAUAAGAAUAUAUCUCAGGGACAGUGUGAGUUCCCUGUUCAGAUUGUUGCUUCUUCGUCUUCUUCUUCUUCUGUGUCUCUUUUUGUUUGGUUGAUCAUCGCUGGAGUUUUGUUUGUCUUGAUGUUUUGAGGUCCCUUAUUGAUUAUAUAUAUUUCUAUUUUGGUCUUUGUGAUAAUAUGUUGGAUUUUUUUUUGAGUAACUAUCAUUUUUAGAUUUUCAAAAUAUAUAUGUUCUUUUAUUCAGUUUA